UUGAUAUCUGUUAUUACUACCUGACUGACUGGGAAUGGGGCAUGUAUGCUGUAAGCUGCACUGUUCCCAUGAUUCAAAAGCAGCAUAUCACUAAGUCACUGAUCAGAAUAGAAGAUAGCACUGACCAUGUGUGGGUGUUGUGGGUGUGGGGAUGAUGGAAAGGAUACCGAGGAUGGUGGGCAGAGAGGUAGCAAUCCCAUGGUAAAGAAGAGGGGAUGCACAGAUAUAAUUGUCCUUGUUGUUUUCAUUCUCUUUUGGGUGGGAAUGGUAUAUAUAACUGUCUUUUCCAUCAUGAAUGGUAGAAUAUGGACCAUGUUCUAUGGUUAUGACAGCUUUGGUAAUGCUUGCGGCAUGCAAAACAUACGUGAAGUUUCAUCAAAUUUCAGUGGCAGAGACAACACCAAUGAAAAAUAUGUAUUUUUUAUGGACAUUAUUCGACCCAAGUCUUCCUUGGAGGUGUGUGUGGAGAAAUGUCCUGACAGGGAACUGAAGAAUGCCCAGGAGUUGAUAGCAUUUUACAAUGAGACAGGUGUCAGCCUGACCAGAUAUGACAUUACACCUUAUGAGUGUACAGACAAAGACUUACAAAAUACCAAGGGACCAUGUCCAGUGUUCCCCGUGCACCACAGUGCUGACAUUCUCUCAAGAUGUAUCCCAGCCUCUUUUUCCAACUUUACCAGCAACCUCAAAGAAACUGUUCUCGGAUACCUCAAUGAGUUUGACAUCUUUCGCUAUGUCAUUGCUGACUUAUAUGCCAGCUGGAAGCUUAUGCUGCUGCUGGCAGGAAUAGCCUUUGUGUUGGCCAUAGCAGUGGUUGUCCUGAUACGUUUUAUUGCAUCUGUAGUUGUGUGGGUCAUUCUUGCUCUGGCCAUAAUAGGCAGUUUAGCGGGCACUGGUUUUCUAUGGUGGACUUAUGUUGAAAAGAAGAAUUCCAUGGAUAUGAAAACUGCCAAUGAAAUUCCAUUCCUGCAGAUAGAAAUUGACAGUGAAAAUGCAUUUUUGGCGUAUUCCAUAAUUGCAACAAUCCUUACGGUAAUUUUGUUAUUGGUAAUUUUGGUCUUGAGGAAGCGUAUAGCACUGGCAGUGGCUCUCUUCAAUGAGGCAGGAAAAUGCAUUGUAGCUGUGCCCAUGAUUCUGGUGCAACCAGUGUGGACUUUCAUUUGCUUGAUUUUGUUUUACGUGUACUGGGUGGUAGUGCUGGCUUAUAUCUCCACUGCUGGCACUGCUGUGUUGGAUAAAGACACAGGUUUUGUGAACUAUGAGGAGAGCCAGCCAGUAAGGUACAUGUGGUGGUACCACCUGGUGGGCCUGAUAUGGACCAGUGAGUUCAUUAUUGCCUGUCAACAGCUGGUGGUGGCUGGGGCUGUGGCUAAGUGGUACUUCACCAGAGACAAGAAGACCCUGAAGAACCCCUUGGGUGAUGCUGUCUGUAUGCUUAUUCUCCAUCAUAUGGGAUCUGUGGCAUUUGGGGCCUUCAUCAUCACACUUGUCAAGCUGCCUAGGUGGAUUCUCAUGUAUCUACACGAAAAGCUCAAUGGCAGCCAGAACAAGUGUGCUCAGUACUGUCUGAAAUGCUGUAUCUGUUGUUUGUGGUGUCUAGAGAAGUGCCUGAAGUUUCUCAAUCAGAAUGCUUACACUAUUGUCGCCAUAAGGGGCACCAACUUCUGCUCCUCUGCCAGGAAGGCUUUCACCACUAUAGUGUCCAAUGUCUUGCGUGUGGCAGCUAUUAACAGUGUUGGUGACUUCAUCCUGUUCCUGGGCAAGGUGGCAGUAAUGACUGGCACAGGGGCUAUAGGAAUACUUAUGUUCAAGGGAGAUCCCAAUCUACACUACUUUUUCAUUCCCGUACUACUUGUAUUUGUGUUCUCAUAUUUUAUUGCCCAUGGGUUUUUGAGUAUAUAUGAGAUGGUUAUUGAUGCCUUGCUCCUGUGCUUUUGUGAGGACUGCCAGAUCAAUGAUGGUGUCACUCCUGGCAGAGAGUACUACAUGGACCCAUCACUUAUGAAAUUUGUGAAGAACAGCAGUGAAGCUAUUGCAGCCCUGAACAAGCGUCGAGAUGGUGGUGGUGAAGAUGUGACAGAUGGAGGCGUGCCAGCCCGUGAGUCUACACCUCUGCGUGGGGAACAACCAUCUCCUGGGGGAAAGGCAGAUGUGACAGACGAUCAGCAGCAAGAGACUGCAAGGAUUUAGUUAUCUUGCCAGACAUCUUACAGAAAUUGAAAUAAAAAAGGUUCUUCAGUAGCAAAACGUGUAACUAACAUAUCUAUGUCCAGUAGAGUGUAGCUGCUACCAGAAUGUCUGAGAUCAAAAAUGGAUUUUUUAGUGGAAAUGUGGAUUUUAUUCUACGGCAGCUGAUAUGAAAUAAAUAUGACACCCUUUGUAGUGGAGUAGCAAAUAUAAAGGAACUGAACAAGGUUUUGCUAAUAUAUUUUGCAUUUUUAUGUGUGUACCAGAUGCCAAGUGUCAGUCAGAUAUAAUUGAACUACCUGUUGUCUGUGACUAGUUUAUAAUAUAUUUGAUCUACUUUCUUAUUAAAGCAUGAAGUCACUUCAAAAUAUCUUUUAAAAGAUGUGAGUUUAAAUGCUAUAAUAGUUUUCAUUUUAUUUAAUUUCAUGUAUUUUCAUACUCAAAUACAUAUAUGACUAGAUAAUUUU